CGUCGGACUGCAGUCGAGUCGUGACGUUAGCUCAAAUUGGGGUUGCAGCGCUCCGAUCCAGGGCCGCACUCGCGAUAUUUCCGCAAUCUGCCUCACGUGUUCCACCCUGUGCAGUGCUUGUGAGUUCGUGGGAGGUUUUCUUUGCGUUUUCGCGACUGCUCGGUUGGUUUUGUGUUUGUGUUGAUUUUUUCAGUUUUGUUUUGUUUUCGCGAGGACGCGCUUUUGGGUUAUUAUGGCUUACAACGACACAUGAGACCAGGUUGUGCCGGCGAGCGCCCACCAUCAAUAUAAUUAAAGUCGACGUCUUUGGCAAAAUAAGACGGGACUAAAUUUUAAUUAAAAUAAAGUGCAGGACUCGAGUCCUUUCAAAAAUCCUGCGAAAAAACAAACAAUUGUGGGAGAGUAAGACAACGGUGCUUGCGAUGCGGGCGUCAGUGGCGUUCGUGUUGGGGAUUAUUUGGGUAUUAAUUGUGUCGUGUGAAUGGAGCAGCGCCGAACCCGGCAACGAUGUCGCUCAUCUAUCUUUCACGUCGCUGCGAUGUCCCAGGGGAUGCACCUGUUCGGGGACGCUCGUCGAUUGUUCGCAUAAGGGAUUCACACAGGUUCCGAAGAAUAUUCCGCCGGAUACCGAAAGACUGGAUUUGCAAGGAAACAACAUCACGGUCCUGCUGGAAGCGGAUUUCCAAAGCCUGGGAAACCUGAGGAUACUGCAACUCACAGACAACCAGAUACACACAAUCGAAAGAGACGCUUUUCAGGAUCUUGUAAAUUUAGAGCGAUUACGGCUUAAUGGAAAUUAUAUUCGACACAUUCCAGACAACUUGUUUUCCACUACGCCUAAUUUAUUUCGAUUGGAUAUCAGCCAUAACAUGAUCUCCGUAAUCGGUAGGAAGACCCUGAGGGGGAUCACGGCAAUAAAAAAUUUGCAACUCGACAAUAAUCGAAUCACGUGCAUCGACGAUCAGGCUUUGAGGAGCUUCAAGGAUCUUGAAAUUUUGACUCUGAAUAACAACAACCUCACGUGGAUCGGCAAAGAUAUGUUUAGCAACAUGUUCAGGCUGCGGACGCUGCGACUCAGCGACAACCUCCUCCACUGCGAUUGCCAAUUGUCUUGGCUGGCCAGGUACCUGAGGCACUCGCCGCGACUGGCCCAGUACACCAGGUGUCAUUCACCCAACCACCUCAAAGGGCAGAACAUCGCCGACCUGCAGGAGCAGGAUUUCAAGUGCUCGGGCCUGGCCGAACGAGCCAUCAACGGCGAAUGCAUCGGCGAACCCCAGUGUCCUCACCCUUGUCGCUGUGCGGACGGAAUCGUGGAUUGCCGGGAAAAAGGACUCAGCAAAGUUCCGGAUCAUCUUCCGGAAGGGACGACGGAAUUGCGUCUGGAAAUUAACGAAAUUAGCGAAAUUCCGGCCAAGGCUUUCGCUGCCCACAAACGGUUGCGACGAAUAGAUAUAAGUAACAACAAAAUAUCUAAAAUAGCCCCGGAUGCAUUUCAAGGUUUAAAGGCUCUCACAACCCUCGUCCUCUAUGGCAAUAAAAUCAAAGAUCUGCCAGCUGGAGUUUUUCAAGGUCUGGUGUCGCUUCAACUCCUGCUUUUAAACGCCAACGAAAUCUCCUGCAUACGAAAAGACACGUUUCGCGAUUUGCACAACCUCAGUCUCCUGUCUCUCUACGACAAUAAUAUCCAAUCUUUGGCCAACGGCAGUUUCGACCCGUUACGCAGCAUCCAAACCUUACACCUAGCGCGUAACCCUUUCAUCUGCGACUGUAACCUAAAAUGGCUCGCCGAAUACCUUCAUAGAAACCCGAUUGAGACUUCGGGCGCCCGCUGUGAAUCCCCGAAACGGAUGCAAAGGCGCAGGAUUGAAGCCUUGAAGGAUGAAAAGUUUAAAUGUAAGGGUCAAGAGGAAUUCCGGACGAGGUUCGCUGGGGAAUGUCUGAUAGACAACGCGUGUCCAUCUGGGUGCAGCUGCGAUGGUACCGUGGUGGAUUGUUCCGGGCGAGGGUUAAAAGAAAUACCACGGGACGUACCUUUGUAUACCACGGAACUGUUGCUGCACGACAACGAACUGGGUCGAAUCAAAUCGGACGGGCUCUUCGGACGACUACCAAACCUAAUCCGGCUGGACCUUCGCAGGAACCAGAUUACAGGAAUCGAGGAAAAUUCCUUCGAAGGAGCGUCCCGAAUUUACGAAUUGCUUCUCUCCGAGAACAAAUUUUUGGAAAUACACAACAAAAUGUUUUUGGGACUUCACAGCUUGAAAGUACUCUCUCUAAAUAACAACCAAAUCACUUGCGUCAUGCCGGGGUCCUUCGACCAUUUGACGUCACUGCACACUUUGAACCUGAUGCAAAACCCUUUCAUGUGCAACUGCCACCUGGCGUGGUUUUCCGAGUGGUUAAAAAAUAAAGGCCUUAGUGGUUCCCCGCCCAAAUGUGCGGGGCCUGCACGAGUCAAAGACGUCCCAAUUAAAGAACUACCCAAAAACGAAUUCAAGUGUACGAGUGACAACGACCAGGGUUGUUUGGGUGAAAACUACUGUCCACCGAAGUGUUCGUGUACCGGGACUGUGGUGAGGUGCUCUAGAGCCAAACUCACCGAAAUACCCAGAGGGAUACCACCCGAGACGUCCGAACUGUACCUAGACAUCAACGAAAUCACCACGAUCCAAGCCGAUAGAAUAAGUCACUUGAAGUCUUUGACGAGAUUGGAUCUCAGUAGUAACAAAAUCGGGAUGUUAUCCAACUACACCUUCGCCAACUUGUCGAAACUGUCCACUUUGAUUAUUAGUUACAAUAAGUUACAAUGCGUGCAACGAAGCGCCCUAACGGGACUAAAAUCCUUACGGAUUCUGUCCCUUCAUGGUAACGAAAUCUCGAUGAUCCCUGAAGGCACCUUCGCCAACCUCAAAUCCAUCAGCCACAUAGCUUUAGGCUCCAACCCCCUCUACUGCGACUGUUCGCUUCGCUGGCUUUCCGAUUGGGUCAAAGUCGACUACGUCGAGCCCGGAAUAGCCCAUUGCGCGGAACCCCCCACCAUGAAAGACAAGUCCAUCCUAUCAACCCCAUCUACGGCCUUCCAGUGUAAAGGAAAAGUAAGCAACGAAAUCUUGGCCAAAUGCGACGCUUGUUUCACCUUCCCGUGCAAAAACGGCGGCAAAUGCGUCACUCUACCCGAAAGAGACUACGAAUGCAGAUGCGCCCCCGGGUACCACGGGAAAAACUGCGAAUUUAUGAUUGACGCCUGCUACGGAAACCCGUGCCGGAAUGGAGCAACGUGCAAGGUUCUGGAAGAGGGGAGGUUCAGUUGUAUGUGCGGCGCGGGAUUCACCGGGUUGCGAUGCGAAACGAACAUCGACGACUGUGCGAACAACAAGUGCCAAAAUAACGCAACUUGCGUCGACUUGGUCAACUCGUACCAGUGCAAAUGUCCCGCAGGGUUCAUGGGUCAAUUUUGCGAGACCAAAAUUCCCUUUUGUACCGACAAAUACAACCCCUGCAAAAACAAUGCCCGGUGUGUGGACCACGAUACUUACUACACUUGUGAGUGUUUACCGGGUUUCAAGGGUGAAAACUGUACCAUAAACAUCGACGACUGUGAAAACCACAUGUGUCAGAACGGUGGGACGUGCAUUGACGGCAUCAACGAAUACAAAUGCAAGUGUGAAGGCGACUUUAGCGGCAAGUUCUGCGAAAUCACCCCACUGGUGGCCAUGAUGUACCCCCAGACGUCGCCUUGCCAACACCACGACUGCGUCCAUGGGGUGUGUUUCCAGCCAUCCGGGUCCAACGACUACCUUUGCAAAUGCGCCCCGGGUUACUCCGGUAAACGUUGUGAGUAUCUAACGAGCUUAAGCUUCGUUCACAACACGUCGUACGUCGAACUCGAACCUUUACGAACGAAACCCGAGGCUAACGUAACCAUAGUAUUUGCGACGUCGCAAGAAAACGGGGUUUUAAUGUACGACGGACACCAGGAGCACUUAGCGGUGGAACUCUUCAACGGCCGGAUUAGAGUGAGUUACGACGUCGGAAAUUACCCAGUCUCGACAAUGUACAGUUUUGAAAUGGUCGCUGAUGGUAUCUACCACGUAGUCGAACUAAUCGCAAUCAAAAAGAACUUUACGCUUCGAGUCGAUCGAGGUCCUGCGAGAUCAAUAAUAAACGAAGGUUCAAAAGAUUACUUAAGACUAAGCACGCCGAUGUACUUAGGGGGGAUCCCCCCGGAACCCGGUCGACAAGCCUUCACCCAAUGGCACCUUCGCAACCUGACCAGUUUUCACGGUUGCAUGAAAGAGGUGUGGAUUAACCACAAACAAGUCGACUUCGGUAACGCCCAGACCCAACAAAAGGUUCAACCUGGGUGCGGGAUAGUGGAAACGGAUCGCGACGACGAAGAGCAAGAAGACGAAAUGGACGAAAUGGUCAAAGAACCGGCGGCGGUUCCGUCCGACCCAUGUCUCGACCAUCAUUGCAAACAUGAUAGUAAAUGCGUGCCUACAGAUAAUGGAGAGUAUGUAUGCAAAUGCAAACCUGGGUUUAAGGGGAAGUACUGCGAGCAAGGUAAGGACGAGUCUCCGACUUGCCGGAAAGAACAGAAGCGGGAAUAUUACACGGAGAAUGACUGCCGGUCGAGGAAACCACUUAAAAUAGCCAAGUGCAGCGGGAGCUGUGCGUCGAGUUGUUGUCAUGCGCGGAAAAGUAAAAGAAGAAAGGUGCGCAUCAUCUGCUCCGACGGCACCCGCUACACCAAAGACAUAGACAUCGUGCGCAAAUGCGCGUGUACGAAGAAAUGCUACUGACUGACAAACGCCGCUACUCACAAUUCUAACACGCAAGCUCACGUCCAGCUUGCGCCCAACGGCCAGCUCGGGCCCCACCGAGCCCCCACGACUGCCGAUCUCAAUCAGCAUAUACUUAACUUGAAACCAUCCGUCGCCCCCCAGCCCCCGCACGAGCCCUACAAACUCACGUUCUUCGUCGAGAACGAGACCGACAAUGCAAGACACUUGCAACUGACUGAUUUAACCGAAUCUCAAAGCCAUAGACAGACGUAUAGUAAUUAUUAUGACGACGUUAUCGUAGAGAGCUACGAAAACCCUGUAGAUAAGACGAAAUCCCCGAGGUACGGCAAAGGACUCGGACACGAAUCGUACUGCGUCCUGUCCGCGCUGCUCUACUUCGUCACGGUUACCAGUUUCGUUUAUUUAGCCAUUUUGUGGAUCAAGCAGAGGAUGUACAUAAGGAUGGAGCAGAUGCACUGGUGGUGAAGAUUUCAUUUCAUCCUGGAUUGACUUAUACGCUUUAUCGCGCAGAGUGGCCAUUUUACUUCUUUUUUCUUUUUUUGUUUUUGACAAACAUAGUAGUGGACAUCGAAAUCUAGGGUGAAAUUGCCAUUCUGUUGUGUGAAACAUAAAUUUUCUCUGUUGCAUGCGCUAGAGAUAUAUAUUAGCAUCUGCAUGUUCGACAUGUAUGUUAAGCGCCUAAUAGUAUUAGCAAGUGGUUUGUUCCUCUUGUAUUACUUUGCUUUAAUUUACGUACCUUAUUUUUACUACAGACUGUAUUUUUUUAACUUGCCUACUUACAGUUUUACCUCGAUUUUUUACGAUUACAUGACAAUGUAUAAUAUAGCGUUGGUGUUUUGGCGCACUGAUUGAUCAAGACACGAUUAGAUAGUAUAAUAAGUACUAUUUUGACAUGACAAAUACACUCAGAACUGACUACGAAACCCGAUUGAAUUGUUAGAAUUGUGACUAGCGGCAUGGCCCUUGACUUACAAGGUUUACUAACUUAGAAUAGUUUAAUGUGUAAAACACUUCAAGAACUUUGUACGUUUACGUAAUUUAAAUAUUUAAUUUAAAACGUUAAUAACAUCACGCAAUACCUUAAUAUAGAAAUAAUUCAUUCUAA